AUGAAGUCCUCUUCUGCACCGGAAUAUCCUUUGCGUCUCAUUUCUGUUCCGUUUCAAUACCAGAUCCGAGACGACAAGAGUGAAAGACCAAAGUUGAGCGCAAGAAAGAAGCUGGUGCUCAAGGAUAGUGAAAUCGAAAUCAACUGCGAUCUCUCUGUUAGAAGGAAUAAGAGGGAUGGGGACCAUUUCUUUGAGGAAAGAGAUCUCAAACACAUGAAAGUUGAUGAAAUGAGUGUCUCGUCCAGAUUCGAUGCCAAAAAAUCUAAAGAAGAUGCAACAACAGCACAAGCUUCUUUAAACGACGAAGCAUCAACGGCGAUAGAUCAUGGUCUAAAGACUGAUGAGAUAAUGAAAAAUGAUGAUCUUAUGAUGCUUUCAGGUCCUGACGGAAAUGUCGACUCAGAGAAUUUACCAAAUUCCUUCCCUAAGGAUCUUCUUCUAACAGCGGCACAACAAAUCCUUGGAACGUCACCUGGAGGUACUGUAACUCCAAACACUUGCACAACAGUUGGAAGCACUGCAACUACUUCAUCGACAUCUUCUGCUGCGAAUGAAAUUGUUGAAGAAACUUUGCCUUUAUCUCCUUUAGCUUCACCAGGGAUAACAACUCCAAGGAGUGAUGACGAAGAAAUGCAGCUAGAUAAUGUUGGUCAUAAAGAAGUCGCAUUAUCAUCGCAAGAGGACGCAAACGAUCUCUUUUCGGCGGUGAAAACAGAGCUUUCGCCAAUCUGCUAUAGAAAUUUACUGUUUCAAUUAGUUUCUCACAUGAAUAGAAGCGAGCUUUCGGAUUUGAGCACUCUUUUGAGAGAUAACCUGAAGCGAGAUUUUAUCAAAUCCCUACCUCUGGAAAUUGCAUUGAAAAUUUUAAUGAAUCUAUCAUUUCUGGACAUUUCACAUUGUUUGCAAACGUGCAAAAGUUGGAAUCAGUUGAUCAAUUCAACCCCUCAUUUGUGGAAACAAAUGUUGAUCUCUGAAAGUUUUGUCUCAAGAAAAAACUUCUCUAAGUAUUCACAAAAGUUACAUCUGAAAUAUCCUCAAGUAUCAAAAAAUGAAGAUGCUUAUCAAUUAGACUUUUUAGAGAAUUGUCAUAUUCUGCAAAAUUGGUAUAAUCCUAAGUUUAAACCACAAAGGACAACUUUAAGGGGCCACUUGACAAGUGUUGUAACGUGUUUGCAAUUCGAGGACGACUACGUUAUAACAGGUGCCGAUGAUAAAGUAAUCCGAGUUUAUGACGCGGAUAAGAAACAAUUUCUUUUAGAGUUGACUGGCCAUGAUGGAGGCGUGUGGGCAUUGAAAUACGAUGAUGACGGCAUACUAGUUAGUGGCUCGACUGAUCGAAGUGUUCGUGUUUGGGAUAUCAAGCGCGGCUGUUGCACUCAUGUGUUCAGAGGACAUACUUCUACAGUUAGAUGCUUGGACAUCGUGGAAUACCGAAAUGUAAAGUACAUUGUCACGGGUUCCAGAGAUAAUACGUUGCAUGUAUGGAAACUACCUAAAGAACCUAGAGUUGAUGUACCAGAUAAACAAGAAUGGCCAGUGGUGUAUAAUAUUCCUGAAGAAAAUCCAUAUUUUGUUGGCGUUCUAAGAGGACACAUGGCUUCUGUUCGUACAGUAUCUGGUCAUGGUAAUAUUAUUAUCAGCGGAUCUUAUGAUAAUAACCUGAUGGUUUGGGAUAUUGCACAGAUGAAGUGCCUUUAUAUUCUUACAGGUCACACUGAUAGAAUUUACUCUACAAUUUAUGACCACAAAAGGCUCAGAUGUAUAUCGGCUAGUAUGGACACCACAAUUCGAGUAUGGGAUCUGCAGAACGUUUGGAACAAUGGCACAUGUUCGGUCGUGUCAAGCUCGCUAUCACCAUGCACCAAAAUUACCGGAUCAAUGUCUACAUUGCAAGGCCAUACAGCUUUGGUCGGCUUGUUAAGGUUAUCAGAGAAAUUUUUAGUCAGUGCAGCAGCAGAUGGCUCGUUAAGGGGCUGGGACUCAAACGAUUACUCUAGAAAAUUUGCAUACCACCACAGCAAUCAAAGCGCCAUAACAACUUUCUAUAUCUCUGACAAUUUGUUGGUCAGUGGAUCAGAAGGUCAAUUUAAUGUAUACAAUUUGAGAAGUGGGCAACUGAUACAUUCUAAUAUACUUCAAGAUGCUGAACAAAUUUGGUCAGUAAAUUUCAAGGGAAAUAUUCUCGUAGCUGCUGUAGAAAAAGACCGCCAAAGCUACGUGGAAAUGUUGGACUUUGGCCAGGAAAGUGUGCCUUCCAAAUUAUCGAACUCAAAAAGCCUCAUUACUGCUAGGAAUAAUCAUUCAGAUGAUACGGGCAACUCAUCAACUACAUCAAACACUAAUCUCCGAUUUAUGUAA